CCCAGCAGUGCCUGUUCGAGAUGGGGUCCCAGGUCUCAGUGGACACAGGAGCUCUACAUGUGGUGAUUGUGGGCGGGGGCUUUGGUGGCAUUGCGGCUGCCAGCCAGCUACAGGCGCUGAACUUCCCCUUCACGCUGGUGGACAUGAAGGACUCCUUCCACCACAACGUGGCCGCCCUCCGGGCCUCUGUGGAGAGUGGGUUCGCCAAAAAGACUUUCAUUUCCUAUUCUGUGACCUUCAAGGACAACUUCCGGCAGGGCCAAGUGGUCGGGAUAGACCUGAAGAAUCAGACAGUGCUGCUGCAGGGUGGCGAGGCCCUGCCCUUCUCACAUCUCAUCCUGGCCACGGGCAGCACUGGGCCCUUCCCUGGCAAGUUUAAUAAGGCUUGCAGCCAGCAGGCCUCCAUACAGGCCUAUGAAGACAUGGUCACACAGAUCCAGAGCUCUGAGUUCGUCGUGGUGGUGGGAGGAGGCUCUGCCGGAGUAGAAAUGGCAGCCGAGAUCAAAACAGACUACCCAGAGAAAGGGGUCACUCUCAUUCAUUCCCAAGUAUCCCUGGCUGAGAAGGAGCUCCUGCCCUGUGUGCGACAGGAAGUGAAGGAGAUCCUUCUCCGGAAGGGCGUGCAGCUGCUGCUGAGUGAGCGGGUGAGCAACCUGGAGGAGCUGCCCCUCAGUGAGUAUCGGGACUACAUCAAAGUGCAGACGGACAAGGGCACCGAGGUGGCCACCAACCUGGUGAUUCCCUGCAUUGGCAUCAAGAUCAACAGCUCUGCCUAUUGCAGUGCUUUCGAGAGCAGAAUGGCCAGCAGCGGGGCUCUGAGAGUGAAUGAGUUCCUGCAGGUUGAGGGCUACAGCAACAUCUACGCCAUUGGUGACUGUGCUGACUUGAAGGAGCCCAAGAUGGCCUAUCUUGCUGGCCUCCACGCCAAUGUCGCUGUGGCCAACAUUGUCAACUCCCUGAAGCAGAGGUCCCUUAAGACCUACAAGCCAGGUGCGCUGACGUUCCUUCUGUCCAUGGGCAGAAAUGACGGUGUGGGCCAGAUCAGUGGCUUCUAUGUGGGUCGGCUCAUGGUUCGGCUGGCCAAGAGCAGGGACCUGUUCGUCUCCACGAGCUGGAAAACUAUGAGGCAGUCUCCACCUUGAUGGGGAGGCUGGGCCGGGGACCUGGCACUGCUGCGCACUGGUGAGGGACGUGUGACAAAUGGACCCACCUGACUGGUGCCAAAGGGCAGAAGUGCAAAGCCUCUUUCUCUCUUUGGAGUGAGAUGCCAGUGAUGUCCUGUCCAGAAAUAUAAUUUGUGUAAACC